CGCGGCUUCUCGCUCCUGCUCGUCGCCCUGACCGUCGUGGUCGCGGCGAACGCGACGCCCGUCGUGCAAGUGCGCGACAACCUCGUCCGUGUCCCGAUGGCGAAGCGCUUCAACCUCACCGGCUCGGGCACUCUGCUCGCUCGCGACCAAGCGCGCGUAAAGAACCUUCGAGCGCGCGCGAACGCGCGCCUCGCGGGCACGCCCCUCUCCUCGGAUGCUGUCAUCAGCGUUCCCGCUGACAAUCAAGCCGUGGACUAUGUGAUCAACGUCGAAGUCGGCACACCGCCCACGACGUACUCCCUCCUUGUUGACACUGGUAGCUCGAAUACCUGGGUCGGCGCUGGGAAGAGCUUCGUGCAGAGUUCCACCACGCGUCAAACGCGUGACGCGGUCUCCGUUACCUACGGCUCGGGCUUCUUCGAGGGAACUGAGUUCAUCGACACCGUCUCUUUGGGUAGUGGCUUGACUAUCAACGGCCAGUCCAUUGGUGUUGCCACCGACUCCGAGGGCUUCGACGGCGUGGACGGAAUCGUUGGCAUUGGGCCAGUGGACCUCACUGUCGGAACACUCUCUCCCGACACGACCACGACUAUCCCGACCGUCACGGACAACCUCUUUUCUCAAGGUGUCAUCACGGAGGACCUCGUCUCUGUUUCGUUUGAACCCACGACGUCGGCCUCGGUUGUCAACGGCGAACUUACGUUCGGCGGCACGGAUUCGAGCAAGUUCACCGGUGCCAUCAACUUCGUGCCGAUUACGACCACAUCUCCCGCCUCGCUGUUCUUCGGCAUCAACCAGUCAAUCAGAUACGGCACAUCCACCAGCAUCCUCUCCACUACCGCUGGCAUCGUUGACACCGGCACCACGCUUAUUCUCAUCGCUACUGAUGCCCUCUCGAAGUACCAGCGUGCUACUGGUGCUGUGCCAGACAACGCAACGGGCCUGCUCCGGCUCACCCAGGCUCAGUUCGCGAAGCUGCAGAGUUUGUUCUUCACCAUUGGCGGGGUAACCUUCGAGCUUACGCCCAACGCUCAGAUCUGGCCGCGCGCUCUCAACACCGCCAUCGGUGGCAACGCGAACAGCGUGUACCUCAUUGUCGGCUCGAUUGGCACGCCCUCCGGCGAGGGCCUCGACUUCAUCAACGGCCAGACCUUCCUGGAGCGCUUCUACGCCGUCUUCGACACCGCCAACAGCCGCAUCGGCAUUGCCAACACGCCGUUCACGACCGCGACCACGAACUAGGCUUGUUUCGGGGAAAUGCGGAUGAUGCGCUACACUGUUGGAGGGUCGCUUGACGAUACCCACGAGACGUCUGAGGGGCGAUGGUAAUGUUCACGGGUUUGCGCAUUUGUACUUGUUGUAGGGGUAUAGAU